GAGUCAGCGGGUUCUGUCCCGAAUCCCGAGGGCUCUGGGGGGCGCUGGGGUGUCCGGCGGCCGACCUUGCGUUCGCACCUUCUCUGGAAGGCCCGCCAGUCGGCCCCCGGCCGCGCGGCGCCGGCUCCCGGGUAGGAACUGGGGGGUGAUGGCAUCCAAGGACCCCAGCCGCCUGCCUACCUGGCAGGGCCCUCCGGCGCCGCGUAGUCCGCCGACCCGGGCUGGGGGCGGUGUCUUUAGGCUGGCGCGCCGCCCGGGAGGGGCCCGUAAUGGACCGAGGCCCCGCCGAGAGGGAAGCCACCCACCAGAGCACGUAGAGUCCUCGUCCAGAGCGGCAGCCUCCCGAGUCUUGGGACCAGCGCGGCCUGGGCCUGACCGUCCGGCUCCUGCUCCCCAUGCGCCCGUCCCCCGCCCUGCAGUGACCGGGAGCGGCCUCACCGUCGGUCCGGCAUGAACUGGAAGGUUCUGGAGCACGUGCCCCUGCUGCUGUACAUCUUGGCGGCCAAGACGCUGAUCCUCUGCCUGGCGUUUGCCGGGGCCAAGAUGUACCAAAGGAAGCGGCUGGAAGCCAAGCGGCAGCAGCUGCAGGCGGAGAAGAGGAAGCAGGCGGAGAAGAAGGACGACUGAGGGGAAGCCUGCAGGCUCUGCACGUGACCUUCCGGCUCCGGACUCCAGCCGAGGGGGAGGAGGAGAGAUGCCUGGCUGCCCAGUGACAUAUCAGAAGACGAACCUCCAGCCUUCAGCUUUAACUCAAAAGGACGUGAACUGUUGCGUGCUUUUAAAAGAACCAUGUUUUCUUGGGUAAAAUAAAACACCUUUGUAACAA